AUGGUUAGUUCGACCGUUGCUUUCGAUAAAAAGUCAUCCACGACACCAGUAGAGAGCACCUCAGUCGACCAAAAUGAUAGCAGUACUAUUUCCUCCCUGCCUUUCAGCAGCAGCGUCAGCGGCCCCUGUAAUGAUACGGCAGGUGUGCUGACACACGAUAGUAGUGGUAUCACGUCCGCGAACGAUGUGCCCACGGCGUUGAGUUUUAGUGAACAGAAAAUUUCCUUGCUAUUCCCAAAAUGCAAACCGCGCAGUGAGUACCACUAUGUCAUGAACAGCAGCAGUAGCAGCAGUGCUUGUGCGAACGGUAAUAGUAGCAAAAACAAUAAUAAUUGCCUGAUGGACGUCGGCAGCAUGUCGCUCGGUUCCACGCAUUCGCUUGCGACGUAUGUGACGCGUACCAGCCCGCCUACCGUUGUUGCCGCACCGGGUAAUAAUGCUGCGGCAGCAUCGAAGGUCUACAUGGACAUGAGCACGUACGGCAACAAUAAUAGCGGCGGUAGUAACAGCAGCACCAAUCACGGUACGGGCGAGUUUGAGUACAAUGCCGAAAAGGAAUUGGUCGUUGGUAAGGGAUUGCAGAUGAAUACGUGCGGCAUGAACAACAACAUCAGCGGAGGUGGCAACAACGCCGGCGGUAAUAAUAAUCACUACAGCAACAACCAUCCCGCCGGUGGAGGCAACGGUGGUGGUGGUGGAGGAGGAGGUGGAGGCUCGGGAAGUAGUGUAGUUGUUGGUGGUGGAACAGCCGGUGGGGGCAUGGGCGUGAAGAGUGACGUCUACGGUAGCAGCAGUAUGAAACAUUCGUCCAAUCAAUCCGUCAGCAAGAACACCUCAUCUACCGACGGUUACAGCUUUUACUACAGCAAUCAACCACCAUCGCUGACGUGCUCACCAACCGAAAAUCAAUCUGCUAUCAGCGUCGCAACGUUGGGCAACAACAGCAGCAGUACAACGGGUGGCCUCCUGCUAUCCGAUGACGACGAGGCAAACGAACGCACCAAGAAGGAUUCGUCCGGUGCGGGAAGAUGGAUGGAGCGCAACUACUGUCACCUUUCCGUCUCCCACUAUCCCAGCGUAUCCAAGUCGAAAGGUGGUACCGGUGGUGGAAGCGGUGGCAUUGGUGUAAUGCAGGCACCCAAGCGGGGAAUCGUAUCUGCCUCCGCUUACAAGCCAGUCAACUGCUACAAUAUGGUACUACAGUCACCGCUCGAGGAUGAGAGUGACAUGGAGGACAAGCUGAAGUAUUUCAACUACCAGCAUGAGAUGCAGACGUACAAUAGUACGCGCAAGGACAAGCUGGCUGGGUUUGGGAGCAGCAUCGACAUGCACUGUGUGGGUGGCAGUAUCGGUAGCGAGGGUGAAGAAAUUGUCGUCCUGAGCAGCAACACGAAGGAGCACGGCAACUCGCUGUCGGUUACACAACCGAAGCCGGACUCUCUGUCGGAUGAGUCGGGAUCGGGCCGGAAAGGUGUAUUGCACAUGGGUCAGAAGCUGGAGCACGUGCCGCACGUCGGACUCAGUGUCGCUAGUCCGAGUGUGGAGAAUGAGCAGACGUUGAGUUCGGUUGAUUUUGGCGAUAAACUGCUAACACACUAUCCCGUCAAACCGAUCGCAUUGGACGAUAGUGAUGAAAUGGUCGAGAAUAAGGGCAGCACGGGAUCCAACAUCAUUGAGUACGAUGGAUCGCCGAGACGGUUCGGGUUGAAUUUGUGCGAUGAAAGCGACUGCUACUUAGCGUCUAGUGUGAAAAUAAAUCUCACGUCACCGUCACUGCUAACGCUACCUCGGCCGGGAUUUCCGCAGCGUGUUUUAUCAACGACAACGGCGGCUGCCAGCAAUAAUAGUAUGACUGUCGGUCAUACCACCACCGGCAAUGCUAGCUGUUCUCCUUCGCUGCUAGAUCAGGUGAACUCGACGUUGAGCAAGACGCUGUUGUUAGAUUCAAGAAAUACCAGAUCGCAAAACGACGCGGACGGUACGAACAGCUACGGUAGUGGCGAUUUGUCCAAAACAGCUCUCAGCAGGAAAGAGCAGGACCACCACGUCUACGACUUGUUGCCGUGUGACAUUAAAGUUGGAAAACCGGCACCGUCCGAGAUGGGCAAACCGUUGGAGAAAAUCCAACUCAGCGCACAAACGCCGGAGGAUGAUUUAACGAUGGGUACUUCCAGCUAUCCACCCAUGGCCAACUCCUCCACGUUCGAUUAUCUGUACGAGUUUUCCGAAACGCGCAAAGUGUUGGAGGAGUUCUUCAAGUGUCCGUCGACCGAGGACGUGGAGAAAUUCAGCGAUUACAAUGACAGCGCGGACGAGGACGGGGAAAGUCUGGACGUGCAUUACGACUAUCCGGUCGAUUUGGAGCGGUCGAAAACGAUCGAAACAACCUAUAUUGGCAAUGUGAAUGCUUCGGGGAAGCAGGACAACAUUACGCACUCCCCCAAGUCGCCUAUUCUCAGCGACGGUCCAACGCUGGAGGAGGAAGACGACGAUACCGCUGAUGUGGAGGAUGAAGAGGAAGAGGAUGAGAAGGAAAAUGGUAUGGCGAAGUACAAUUACAAGCUGAAGAGCAAAUCCCGCAUGACCGAGUACUGUGGGCUGAGGAAGAAAAAAUCUGAAGCGCACCUAAAAGGCCACACGGGUUUGGGUUUAGCCGUCGUGGAAGGAACGGACCGAUUCUGUAACACCGAGUUUGAUUUGCAACACCGGACCGAUGCACACACCGACCGGCGCGAGGACGAUGGUGUCCGAUUGUCGCUAAAAUCUACCCUGCAGUCGGCGAGUGAUGCACGUGACUACGCAAUGUACGUUCAAAACAGCCUGCUCAAGAGUUACCCGGACCAGCAACAGCAGCAGCAGAUCGAUUCACAUACCAGUAGUCAAAAUCAGCCAUCAAACCAGCAUUCGAACAACGUGAAUGAGCUGCGUUUCAACACGUAUAUCAAUGGGGAGAGCCGUACGAGCAGUUAUGACGCCAUCAAUGACGCGAACUAUGAUGGGCAUCCAAUUAUCUCGAACGGCAGCGACAAGGACCCGCUGCACUACUCCCUCAACGGUGAUAGCGGCGAUGGUCGCAAGGUGUUUACACGGAAAUAUAGCAAAAACUUCAAUUAUUCGCCUGAUACGACUGAUUACGAUUCGAACUGUGGCGAUUACGACAGCGAAAUAUCGCCACAGUAUGGUAGCGACUUUGGUCUAAUCACCGGUAACGGUGCUACCAUGUGCGAUGAUCUAAACAAUGGUGUGAUUAGCGCUACUUCCGGCGCACCGACCGGUACCGGCGAGUCGCUCAACUGUCUGUUUGCAAAUAAUGCGAACAACUACUCGCGCUACUACGCCGCCAUGCCGGUAUUGGAGGAUGGUCUGUCCAGCGGUCAUGUGUCCGACUCGGAAAAUAAUCUGAAUGCGAACACGAUGACGGGUUUGCUGCCGCCAGAUUUGGUCACCGGCAGCGUAAAGCAGAUAACGGGAGGCGGCAGCAAUGGCGGCAAUGGGGGUUUAAUGCAAUCGAGCGGUGGAAAUACAUACGGGCUUCUAGGAGCACAGUCGCCGUCGGCAAAGCAAUCGAUAUCGUCAUCGCCCAUUGUGUCGAAGGAAAUGAAAGGCGCUCUGGGACCGAAUGUACAGCAGGCAUCGCAACAGCAGCAGAACCAAUGCACUAAUGUCGAGGGCUACUUUGUAAACAACACCUUCCGUAUGGGGAAUCUAAAGCUGAACUCUAGUAUGCUGCACAACGCAAGCAUAUUUAAGAACCGCGAUCCAGAGCUGGAAUCUCUUUACACUAUAAAUACUAUACAAUCGACUCCACCACCUCCGGCGCCAGCACCACACAGGAAAUCUUCGAUUGAUUGUGAUAACCUAUCGAUGCAGCAACAGCAACAGCAGCAACAACCCACGCAGCAAAAGCAACACCAGUUACAGCAUCUGCAACAGCUUCAACAGCAGCAGCAGCAGCAACAAUCGCAACAGCAAGGGCAACCCCAACAAUCACAACAGCAACAGUUCAACCACUCACAGACGUCCAGCGUGGACGUACAGUCCACAUUGAAGGACAUUAGACUUUGCUUGCAGAAAACCAAGAACCUGAAUUUAGCUAGCGGCAACCAAUCUAGGAAAACAUUCGACAAAAGCAUCAUAUGUUCUAGCGAGUUUUCCGAAACGCUCGGCACGGCCGCCAGUGGUGCGGUCAGUGGUGGAGGUACGAACAGUGUCAGCGGUGGAGUCAGCACCGGUCCCAGUCUGUCACCGAUAUGGAUACCUCGUACGCGUACUAACGAGGACUUUAGCAGCAAACCGAUUGCAAAUGGAGGCGCAACGCUUCAGUCGUCGGUCGGCGGUAAUGGGCCCAACGUUCUUUCAAACGGCUUACAGUCCGUUCCCGGAACUUCCUGUAAGCUCUCAUCCUCACCAUCGUCGAUGCACACAUCACUGCAAGCAUGUUCGAAGCCAGCCACCGGUACAGUGGCGGGAGAUUUUGCCGAGGAGACGGAUGUACUUAUCGCACCAGGCGCUCCCUCCAAAACGAUGGCACUUGUCGACGAGGAUGAAGAUCCGGACACGGAUCUCGAAACCGAUCGGCUGCUUGGACAUCAGCGGCUGGACGAUCAAGGGUUUUACGACGAGAGUAACAACAAACUCUGGAGCAACGAUCGUAAAACAGGCGCAGCCCGGUUACUGACGCUGGGCAAAGUGUCUCCUAAGCAGCAAAACGCAUCCCAGCCCACGAGCACGGUAGGAACGACGGGAGCGGUUGUGGGUGCUGGCGGGAUAGCUAAUAAACCUACCAGUCAAGGAACGCUGGGCGAACGAUUGGGUGGAUCGGUUGGGGUGCGUGGCAAUCAACCGAACGGUAGCAGUAAUUUCCUUCCAUCGUCCGGUGCGGGUAUUACUAAUUCUGGUAUUGCUGGCCCCAACUCGACCACCCCAUUGUCGGAACUAGGUACGUCGGCGUCCGCAAUGCCAACGACCGUUGCCGGCAAUACGGUGAAUGGUGGUGUCGGCACUACGUCCACCAACUGUCACAAAAGCGCGAAAACCAGCGGCAACUUGAUCAACUUUAACGGUCCAAACGAACCGCAGACGCAGCUAACGUCGCCGAAUCCCAGUCCACAGCACUCGCUAAGCGAGGGGAAUUUAUUGGACAAGUCGAACGAUUCGGGCAGUCCGAGUGGAUCGACUAAAUCGAAAUCGCUUCACAAUAACGAUACCAAAAGGAAAUCGAAGAAUAAGGAAGUUCUUAUUGAAGGUGUUCUGUUUCGGGCACGUUACUUAGGGUCAACUCAGCUGGUCUGCGAAGGACAGCCCACGAAAUCUACUCGUAUGUUGCAGGCAGAAGAAGCUGUUUCCAGAAUAAAGGCUUUGUCUCCCGAUGGCGAGGUCCAACCGAGUACGGAAGUUGAUCUCUUCAUAUCUACCGAAAAGAUAAUGGUACUAAACACGGAUUUGAAGGAAAUCAUGAUGGACCAUGCGCUGCGCACGAUCUCGUACAUAGCCGACAUUGGAGAUCUCGUGGUACUGAUGGCUCGUCGGCGGUUCGUACCGCAAGAUGUGGACUCCACCGACUCGUCCGGUGGUGCUGGGAAUGGGUCGGGUUCACACACGGUCCGGGAUGUGGCCGGCAGUGGCAGCACACCGUCACAGAAGCUUGCCAGCGGGCCGAAAGGCAAUCGCACACCGAAGAUGAUCUGCCAUGUGUUCGAGAGCGAGGAGGCACAGUUUAUUGCCCAGAGCAUCGGCCAAGCGUUUCAGGUCGCAUACAUGGAGUUCCUGAAGGCGAACGGAAUUGAAGAUCACAGCUUUAUGAAGGAGAUGGACUACCAGGAGGUGCUGAACAGUCAGGAAAUCUUCGGCGACGAGUUGGAGAUUUUCGCGAAGAAGGAACUGCAGAAGGAGGUGGUGGUGCCGAAGGCGAAGGGCGAAAUACUCGGCGUGGUGAUCGUCGAGUCCGGCUGGGGCUCGAUGCUACCGACCGUGGUGAUUGCGAACCUAGCGUCUUCCGGUGCGGCCGCUCGCUGCGGCCAGCUGAACAUCGGCGAUCAGAUAAUCGCCAUCAACGGACUGAGCCUGGUCGGGUUGCCGCUUUCCACCUGCCAGGGUUACAUCAAGAACACCAAGAACCAAACCGUGGUGAAGUUCACGGUCGUCCCGUGCGCCCCAGUGGUGGAGGUGAAGAUCAAGCGACCAAACACGAAGUACCAGCUCGGAUUUAGCGUUCAGAACGGUGUGAUUUGCAGCCUGCUUCGCGGUGGAAUUGCCGAACGCGGCGGUGUUCGAGUGGGUCAUCGCAUCAUCGAAAUCAAUAACCAAAGUGUCGUUGCAGUGCCGCACGAAAAAAUUGUAAAUCUGUUAGCAACAUCUGUUGGCGAGAUACUCAUGAAAACCAUGCCCACUUCAAUGUUCCGACUGCUCACUGGACAGGAAAAUCCUAUAUACAUAUAA